GAUCUCCGUGUUGCAACCUGAGAGCGCAGGAAAGAAGGUAGCGCGAGUCGAACCGGAGAGAGCGGCGCGGGAAGAUGCACAUCAAGAGCGUUGUGGUGUGUGGAUUCCGAAGCUACAAGGAAGAAGCGAUUGUCGAGAGCUUCUCAAAGGGGCAGAAUGUCGUCAUUGGCCGAAACGGGACUGGGAAGAGCAACAUGUUUGAUGCAAUUCGGUUUGGAUUGCUGACGGAACGCUUCUCCAACUUGCGUCAGGAAGAACGACAGGCGCUGCUUCAUGAAGGGUCAGGCAAACAUGUUAUGAGUGCGUACGUGGAAAUCACGUUCUGCAACCGCGACGGGCGAUUGCCGCUGGACACGGAAGAUGUUGUCCUCCGUCGUACAAUUGGGGUCAAGAAAGACGAGUUUUUCUUAAACCGCAAGCACAUCACAAAACAAGACGUGAAUCACCUUCUGGAAAGCGCAGGUUUCUCGCGCUCGAAUCCAUAUUACAUCGUGCAACAAGGGAAAGUGAAUGCGUUAGCACUCAUGAAGGACAGAGAACGCCUUGAGUUGCUCAAGGACGUUGCCGGCACAAAAGUGUACGAAGAUCGUCGCGUUGAGUCGCUCAAGAUUAUUCAAGAAUCUCAAGGUCGUCGCGAAAAGAUCCUGGAAGUUAUCUCGUAUAUAGAAGGCCGCCUCAACGAACUCGAGGAGGAAAAAGACGAACUGAAGGAAUACCAAGACUUGGACAAGGAAAAACGAGCGCUCGAGUACAUGAUGCACGAGAAGGAACUACAGAGUGUGCGCAUGGAUCUUGAAGCCAUUGAACGCAGCCGCAUCGAAGAAUCCAACGUUUCCAACGAGUUGCAUGCGAGGGAACGCGAGCUGGCCGACCUAAUCAAGCAAGCGAGCAAGGCAAGCCACCGAACUAGCGAAGGCAUCGAAACGCUCAACAGAGAAAAGGCCAGGAUGGAGGCGGAACGCAGUGAACUGAUCAAGGCCAAGUACGCGUUGGAGAUGGAAGUGAAAGAAUUGACGGAGGGCGUUGCUCUCGACGCCACCACGAGCGAGUCGCUCUCGAAGGAACUGCACACGAUUCAAAGCCAAGUUCAUGAGAUUGAAUCCGAAUUGUCGUCUCAGUGGAUCCCAAAAUUUGAAGCGUUGACGAGCAAGUUGAAUGAAACGAAACAACAGCUCGCUACGAGUACUCUUGAGGCAGACGCGCUGGUAACGAAGAAAGGGCGCAAGUCGCAGUUCAAGAGUCAGAACGAGCGCGAUGCGUUUUUGGCGUCAGAAAUCAAGGAAAUCGCAACUCUCAUGAAGCGCAAGGAAAAUGAGUGCGCGUCAUUCCGGCAGUCGAUUGCCACGUCCGAGCGCCAGAUCAGUUAUGCGCAACACGAGCUCAACAACCAAACCAACAUGAUGGCGAACCAUCGCGCCGAGUUGGAGGAAUUUGCCCACUCGUUGAAAGAACUCAAGGAAAAGCGCAAUACGAUGUCCGAAACUCGCAAAGAUCGUUGGCGCGAAGAAGAUGCAAUUAACCACGAGGUCAAGCGGCUUACAGAUCAACUCGCCAAGAGUGAAUCUGUUCUGCAAUCUACUAUGGCAUACGACGUCCGUCGUGGCCUCGAUGUUGUCUGUGAGUGGCGUGACACGGGUAAGUUCCGAGGCAUCUAUGGCCCGCUCAUCGAACUGGUGGAGCCUGUGGACGAGCGUUUCUGUAUUGCCGUGGACGAAGCUGCUGGUGGUUCGUUUUUCCAUGUAGUCGUCGACACGGACGACACAGCGACCAAGAUUAUGCGCGAACUCGAGCGGAACAACCUCGGCCGCGUCACAUUUUUGCCUCUGAAUCGGCUCAAAGUCAACGAGAACGAACAGUACUUGUCAAAUGACGACGUGGUGCCGUUGAUAGACAAGCUCAACUUCGGCCGAGACAUCCGCAAGGCUGUCUUGACAGCAUUUGGCAAAAAAUUGUUGUGUCGUGACUUGGACACGUGUGCCGAGUACGCCGAGCGCACCGACAUGGAUUGCUUGACAUUGGACGGCGACAUGGUCCACCGUCGUGGCGGGUUGAACGGCGGGUACAAAGACCCGCAACGGUCGCGAUCGCGCGCUCAAAUGGAAGUGAAACGGGCUGAGAAGGAACUUGAAGCCGUGAAGAAGGAAGCCAAGAAGGUCCGGUAUGCCGCCCAACUAGCCGAUCAACACGUGUCGAGUAUCAUGGGAGAGAUUCAAAAGCAAGACGCUGAAAAGCAACAUGCACUCGAGUCGUACGCGCAAUUACAAAAGGACAACGAACGGCUGGAACUGCAAAUUGCAAAAGAUACAACCAACAUGGACGAAAAGCACGAGAUGCUGCAAACGUGGACUCAAGUCAUCGCUGACUUGCAGGCUAAGCGAGAAGUGCUAGAGGCAGAGUUGGGCCAGCCGAUGGAAGAUUCGCUGUCGGCUGUUGACUCUCACCGCCUCGAAGCUCUCCACACCAUGAUCGCCGAGUUGAAGACUACGGAACGUCGCCAGCGCCAAGAGCUGGAAACUGUGCGAAGCAAAAAGUCCAAUCUCGAGACGAUCCUCCAUGACAACUUGCAACGCCGUGCCAAGGAAAUCCAAGGCCAAAUUGAAAUAUCCAGUGUGUGGUCUUUGCAUGCCACAGAACGAAAAUCGUUGGUGGAAAUGAAGGCGGUGGAUUUGCGUGACGCGACCCGCGCGGUUGAGCGCCACGACACGCAGUGGAAAGAAUUGGAAGGCAAGGCGCGGCGGUUGGAGCAUCAGUUGCUGCAGGAGAGUCAAGCUCUCGAGAAGCACCGACAGGAUCUUGCUAACGUGAAACAACUCGUGGCGGAAGAAUCGAGCAAGGCUGAUCGCAUAUUAACGAAACGCCGGCGGUUGCUCCAGAGACGCGAAGCCGCGAUGCGUGACAUUCGGGAACUCGGGACGCUACCAACUUCCGAACUUGACAAGUUCAAGGCGUGCUCCCACAAAGAAAUCUCAACACGUUUUACCAAAUGUACGGAAAAGCUCAAAAGCUUUGCCCAUGUGAACAAGAAAGCGUUGGACCAGUAUGUCAACUUUUCCGAGCAGCGCGAGACGUUGAUGUCCCGAAAAGAAGAACUGGAUAUGGGCGACGAGUCCAUUAAAGAGCUGAUCGAGGUCCUCGACCGCCGCAAAGACGAAGCGAUACUGCGCACGUUCAAGGGUGUGAGUCAUCACUUUACUCAAGUGUUUCGAGAACUCGUGCCAACGGGCGAAGGCAAGAUGGUAAUCCUGCGAGGAGAGGACACGGACAACGAAACGGACACGUCCUCGUUUGUGGGGGUCCAAAUCAAGGUCAACUUCCGUGGUGAAGGCGACGCGUACUUGAUGAGUCAGCUAUCGGGGGGGCAAAAGGCGCUCGUCGCGCUGGCAUUUAUCUUCGCCAUUCAACGAUGCGACCCGGCCCCGUUUUAUUUGUUCGAUGAAAUUGAUCAAGCGCUCGACUCGACGCAUCGGGCGGCCGUUGCUGCCUUGAUUCAGCGCCAAGCCCACUCAGAAGAAAACCCAGCACAGUUUAUCACGUCGACGUUUCGACCUGAACUCGUCAUGGUCGCGGACCAAUUCUAUGGCAUCAGCCACCAAAACAAGAUCAGCAACAUCCAGCCCAUGACCAAGGAGGAGUCUCUCGACUUCAUAGCUGACAUUAUGGCCGAUGAAGAGGCCGUGGAAAGCCAACAAUGACGUGUAUGGCCAAUCUCCCAUAAAGCACGAAAUUGACUCCCUCGAUCGCAGUCGACUCUGUGCAGCGGUGAUACAUGUGUGUACCUUCUAUGGCAACAGGCACAGUUAACGUAAUGCAGGUACACAAGCGAAACCAGACGUACCCGAGGGCGACGAGGGGAGCGGGGCAUUGGUGUCGUUGGGUGCCAUUGAGCCUGAUAACGACCGAGUCUGUUGUCAAAG